UCGAAAAUGACCUCUUUCUACGAAAUACGUCGCUCCCAGUCCCCACAGCAAGCGUAGCAAUGGCGAACUGGUACUGGUGUGCACAAACAUACAACAACAUCUCGGUGCGAGACAACAAAUUGAGUGAAAUCACAAGUGCCUCGACAGACCCACUGAUAGCAUCAAUCAUUUCGGAGCAACCCGGAGUAACUUGGAGUUUCGCUGGCAGUGAACCGAAUUCUAGCGAGUACUAUUCCAACUUCCUGGUUGCGGAAUUUAUGGAUGGCUACUCCGUCCUCGAUACUAAGAACCCGCACACCCUGGAUCCAUCCCUGCAGGGCACAUUACAUCCUCAAGUAUACUCGGGAGGCCAAGCAGGCCAAGGAAAUUCAUCUCUUGAAAUUACAGCGGCGACAUGUUUGGAAUGGUUGACUUCAUGAGCUACACCAACUGGAGCCAGCUUACCCAGAACGUCGCCAUCGCAGUCACCAACCAAGUACUCACAAACGCCGACAACCAAAAUUUUACAUCUACUACGGGUACGGCCUUCGUCAACACGGCGUACUAUCAUGUGCGAUGGGCAUGGCUCGUUCUGCCGCUAUUGGAGGCUGUAGCAACAGCGGUGCUGCUGGCUGUCACCAUCUUGCUGAAUCGAUUGCCGUUACUCAAAUCGUCGAGCACAGCCUUGUUAGCGCAUGGCCUAGAAGAUACAUCAGAUCUCAGAGUUGUUGGUAUCGAAACUCCACAGAAAUGGGAAAAGCUAGGGGAUGGGAUUAAGGUUAUAUAGAUUGAGGAUGAGAAGGGCCGGACAAGAAUGGUGCAAACGUGAUUAUCUUGUUAUAAAUCCGACUCAAUAUUUAGCUCGAAGCUUAUCCCCGUAAUCAGA